AUGAUGAGUUCAAUGGCCGGAGCUGGAGCUCCAGCUGGAGCCGGAGCUCCGGUCGGAGCCGAUCUGACCGACUCCGGAGCCUCAGGCAGCUCAAACCAGUCAACACUAGCCAAUGGCGUGAACGGGUGUCAAAAUGUAUUCGCACCCAAAAAAAUAUUGAUUCUCAAUAAGAUGACACGACUGGAAUUCGAACGCCGAACGCACGCCACCCUCACCGAACAGCAACUGCAACGUUUGCUCAAGAAAAGAGGAUCAGACUAUAAGCGAUUGCAAGAACGUCACGACCAGCAUAAUGCCUUCCUCAAAGUUAUCGAGGACGAGCUAAGGUACAUCAUAACAACAAUAAUAAAUAUUAUAAAAUAA